GUGCCGGCGCGCCGCGGUUUGAAAGGCCCGAGCCUCGCGCGCGUGCGCACUUCAGCGCGCGCUGGGAGCCUCCGGGUCCCGACCCCCAAGUCGGACCCUGCUUCAUCUUUUGGGUCCCGCGCGUCCCACGACGUUGACAUGCCGGAAAUCCGCCUCCGCCAUGUGGUGUCCUGCAGUAGCCAGGACUCGACCCAUUGUGCAGAAAAUCUUCUCAAGGCGGACACUUACCGAAAAUGGAGGGCAGCCAAGGCAGGCGAGAGGACUAUCUCUGUGGUGCUCCAGCUGGAGAAGGAGGAGCAGAUACACAGCGUGGACAUCGGAAAUGACGGCUCAGCCUUCGUGGAGGUGCUGGUGGGCAGCUCAGCUGCAGGGACUGGGGAGCAAGACUAUGAGGUCCUUCUGGUCACCUCGUCUUUCAUGUCCCCUUCUGAGAGCCGCAGUGGCUCCAACCCCACCCGUGUUCGCUUUUUUGGGCCUGACAAGUUGGUCCGGGGAGCUGCCGAGAAGCGCUGGGACCGAGUCAAAAUUGUUUGCAGCCAGCCCUAUAGCAAGGACUCCCCCUAUGGCCUGAGUUUUGUACGGUUUCACAGCCCCCCAGACAAAGAUGAGCCAGAGGCUUCCCCACAGAAGGUGACCAAGCUUGGCCAGUUCCGUGUGAAGGAGGAGGAUGAGGGUGCCAGCUCCCUGAGACCAGGCGCCCUCUUCUUCAGCCGGAUCAAUAAGACCUCCACUGCCACAGCCAGUGACCCAGCAGGACCCAGCUAUGCGGCUGCCACACUGCAGGCCUCCAGCGCCGCCUCCUCGUCCUCUCUGGCCUCCAGGGCGGUAGGCAGCACCUCCAAGCCUCAGGAGUCCCCCAAAGGGAAGAGGAAGUUGGAUUUGAAUCAAGAAGAAAGGAAGACCCCCAGCAAACCGACAGCCCAGCCCUCACCACCCACCCGCAAGAGACCCAAAUUGCCAGCACCCACCAGUACCCCAGCCACCGCCUCAGCCCCUGCCCCAGCUCGGGGGGCAGCGCCAGGGAAGCCCCGAGGAGAAGGCACCGAGCACAGGGGUCCCCGAGCUGGCCCGCAGGAGCUGGGGAAGAUCCUUAAGGAUGUGGUGGUAGUGCUGAGUGGCUUCCAGAACCCCUUCCGCUCAGAGCUCCGGGACAAAGCCUUAGAGCUGGGGGCCAAGUAUCGGCCAGACUGGACUGCAGACAGCACCCACCUCAUCUGUGCCUUUGCCAACACCCCCAAGUACAGCCAGGUCCUAGGCCUCGGAGGUCGCAUCGUGCGUAAGGAGUGGGUGCUGGACUGUCACCGCAUGCGUCGGCGGCUGCCCUCCCGGAGGUACCUCAUGGCAGGGCCCGACUCCAGCAGUGAGGACGAGGGGGACCCUCACAGUGGCAGCAGCGGGGAUGAAGCCCCCAAGCUUCCCCGAAAGCGCCCCCAGACCAAAACCAAGCCCCCUCAGGCAGCAGGAUCCAGCUCACCUCAGAGACCCCCAACCCCAGGAGAGGGCAAACCAACCUCUCCAGGAUCCCAGGAAGAUAUCCACAUUGAGGGGGAGUGCUCAGAAGGACAGGACAAUGGGGCAGAAGAUUCUGGGGACACUGAGGAUGAGCUGAGAAGGGUGGCUGAGCAGAAGGAACAAAAGCAGCCCCCGCACCAGGGGGAGAAUGGCCAGGACCCGUACGCAGGAUCCACAGAUGAGAACACAGACAACGAGGGGCCCCCCGAGUCUCCCAGCCUGCCGGUUCCAGAACUCCCAGACUUCUUCCAGGGCAAACACUUCUUCCUGUACGGGGAGUUCCCCGGGGACGAGCGGAGGAAGCUCAGCCGCUACGUCACAGCCUUCAAUGGGGAGCUCGAGGACUACAUGAGCGACCGGGUCCAGUUUGUGAUCACGGCACAGGAGUGGGACCCCAGCUUUGAGGAGGCCCUGAUGGACAACCCCUCCCUGGUGUUCGUGCGCCCGCGAUGGAUCUACAGUUGCAAUGAGAAGCAGAAGCUGCUUCCUCACCAGCUCUACGGUGUGGUGCCCCAGGCCUGAAGUGUGUGCCCGUGCACACGCAUGUGCGUGCACACACAGCUAGGUUUAAUAAAGCUGAUAGGUUUGGA